GUAGAUUUAACCCAUGUAACAGAUCGUAAUAUAGAAGAUUUAUCUGGUGGUGAAUUACAGAGAUUUGCUAUAGCUAUUGUCUGUAUACAAGAUGCAGAUAUCUUUAUGUUCGAUGAACCAUCUAGUUAUUUAGAUGUCAAACAAAGAUUACGGGCUGCCCAGGCUAUAAGAAGUUUAAUUCAUCCUGAUAAAUAUAUUAUUGUGGUGGAACAUGAUUUAUCUGUUCUAGAUUAUUUAUCUGAUUUUAUCUGUUGUUUAUAUGGUGUACCUAGUGCUUAUGGUGUAGUCACUAUGCCUUUCAGUGUUAGAGAGGGUAUCAAUAUAUUCUUGGAUGGUUUUGUGCCAACUGAAAAUUUACGGUUUCGAGAGUCAUCUCUUACAUUCAAAUUAGCUGAAACUGCAAUAGAAGAAGAAAUUCGUCGAGAUUGUAGAUAUGAAUAUCCGGAUAUGAUGAAGAAAUUAGGUGAUUUUACACUGACUAUACAAGGAGGUCAGUUUACCGAUUCUGAAAUUAUAGUCAUGUUAGGUGAAAAUGGUACUGGUAAAACUACCUUUAUUAGAAUGCUAGCUGGUAGAUUGGAACCAGACGAUGGCGGUAAAACCCCCGUAUUAAACGUGAGUUAUAAACCUCAGAAGAUCAGUCCUAAACACCAAGGUACUGUAAGACAGUUGUUACAUGAGAAGAUCCGAGAUGCCUACAUUCAUCCACAGUUUGUUACUGACGUCAUGAAACCAUUACAAAUUGAACAGAUUAUUGAUCAGGAGGUUCAGAAUUUAUCUGGUGGUGAAUUACAAAGAACAGCUAUAGUCCUGUGUCUUGGUAAACCGGCUGAUGUCUAUCUUAUUGAUGAACCUUCAGCUUACUUAGAUUCUGAACAGCGUUUACAUGCUGCUAAAGUUAUUAAGAGAUUUAUCUUACAUGCUAAGAAGACAGCAUUUAUAGUAGAGCACGAUUUUAUUAUGGCUACUUAUUUAGCUGAUAGAGUGGUCAUGUUUUCUGGUACACCAUCAAUCAAUACUACAGCUAAUGCGCCUCAAACUUUACUACAUGGAAUGAAUAAGUUCUUAGAAUCAUUAGAUAUAACAUUUAGACGUGAUCCAAAUAACUUCAGACCUAGAAUUAAUAAACUCCAUUCCAUCAAGGAUUCUGAACAGAAGAAAACUGGAAAUUAUUUCUUCUUAGAUGAUUAA